AUGACUAAUAUAGAAACUAGAAAAAUCACAUCAGAAAGCAAAAAGCACCAAAGAGACCAAGUACCACGAGAAUUGAUAAAUAAAAUAUCAAAUUUAUCCCAAGAAGUAAAAAGAUUAGAAAAAAGUCCAGAAGUGAACGUUAAAUAUAUAAGGCAAAAAAACCAAGAAAUAAAAGAGUUAGAA